AUGGACCACCUAGAGGACAAGAAGACGCCACUCGUGGGCGGCCAAGAUCCGUCAGACGAUGCGCCCAUGGUCACAUCCUAUCAGACAGAGGAACUGCGAGGCUACCUCUUGAAGAAGACGCGCAACGGCAAGUGGCAGAAGCGAUGGUUUGAGACGAACGGGUGCUUUCUCACGUAUUACAAGAAACAAGGGCAAAAGUUACUUGCGGCGCUGAAUUUGCCGCAAGUGGGCGAGAUCGUGACCCUACCGGAGGACACGGACGACGGCCCUGGGCUGUUCUCCAUCGAGCUCAACGAAAGAAUAUACACGAUCAAAGCCAAGCACCAGGAGGAAGCGGCGCUCUGGGUCGAGGCGCUGGUGUGGCGUCAAAAGGGUGGCGUCGUCGCCCAAACCAACGGAGACGAUGCGCUGUUCCUGCAUGCCGCCGCUUCCGCCGGCGCGGGGGACGACGGCGACUUGUCUCCCAAGGCUCCAGGAGUAGUACCCUCCGUCCUGCCCAAGGCCAAAGAGGAACGUGAUCAUCGCUUCAAUAUCCAUGAUCCGGUGGAGGAAACCGAAGACGUCCGUCGAUGCGGCUGCGGGUGUGCGAUCCAAUAA